GGCCCAUAAACACAUGACUCCGAAGGAUCUAGAAGUACCAACACCAUAAAAACACACUGUAUACAUAAACAAACACACAACGCUUAACUCACACUAACUAAUAAUUAUCAUCGUCUCGACUCUUCGACUCUCUUCUUCUAAUGGCAGACGAAGCCAAAGCGAAAGGCAACGCCGCUUUCUCCGCCGGCAAAUUCGCCGACGCAAUCGCUCACUUCUCCGACGCAAUCAACUUAUCUCCGACCAAUCACGUCCUCUAUUCCAACAGAUCCGCCGCGCACGCUUCCCUAGGUAACUACUCCGAAGCUUUAGUCGACGCUAAAAAGACCGUCGAGCUUGAGCCGUAUUGGGCUAAAGGCUACUCUCGCCUCGGUGCGGCUCAUCUGGGCCUCCGUAAUUAUAAGGAAGCGGUUGAGUCGUACAAGAAAGGUCUCGACUUUGACCCCAAUAAUCAGGCUCUGAAGUCCGGCUUAGCCGAUGCGGAGGCUGCUGCCUCGGCCCGACCCGACCCGAGGCCUUCCGGGUCGCCGUUUGGAGAUGCGUUUGGGCCGGAUAUGUGGACCAAAUUGACGUCUGAUCCCAAGACGAGGGGGUUUAUGCAGCAGCCUGAUUUCGUUAACAUGAUGAAGGAUUUGCAGCGAAACCCUAAUAAUUUGAAUUUGUAUUUGCAAGAUCCUAGGGUUAUGCAAUCGCUUGGGGUUUUGUUGAAUAUUAAUAUUCAGACUACUACUCCGGAGGAGAUGGAGGUGAAUGAUGCUCAGACGGAGCGCAAGAGGCCGGCUGAGGAGAAGCAGGAGGAGCCUGUCAAAGUCAAGGAGACGAAGAAGGAACCUGAGAAGGAUGAGUUGUCGGAGGAGGAGAGGGAGAUUAGGGAGAGGAAGGCGGAGGCGCAGAAGGAGAAGGAGAGUGGGAAUGCUGCUUAUAAGAAGAAGGAAUUCGAGAUGGCUAUUCAGCAUUAUAGUAAAGCUAUUGAAUUGGAUGAUGCGGAUAUUUCAUUUCUUACCAAUAGGGCUGCUGUGUAUUUGGAGAUGGGAAAGUAUGAAGAAUGCAUUCAAGAUUGUGAUAAAGCUGUCGAAAGAGGACGGGAACUACGGUCGGAUUAUAAGAUGGUUGCAAGGGCUCUGACAAGAAAAGGAACUGCUUUGGUGAAGAUGGCGAAAAUCUCAAAGGACUUUGAACCUGCUAUUGAGGCAUUCCAGAAAGCAUUGACCGAGCAUCGUAACCCUGACACACUGAAGAAACUCAAUGAUGCUGAGAAAGCAAAGAAAGAUCUGGAGCAACAAGAGUACUUUGAUCCAAAAAUAGCUGAUGAGGAGCGUGAGAAAGGCAAUGAACUUUUCAAACAACAGAAGUAUCCAGAAGCAAUUAAGCAGUACACCGAAGCUUUAAGAAGGAAUCCCAAGGAUCACAAGGUGUACAGCAACAGGGCUGCUUGCUACACAAAACUUGGUGCAUUGCCAGAGGGGUUAAAAGAUGCAGAAAAAUGUAUUGAGCUUGAUCCGACAUUUGCUAAGGGCUAUACCAGAAAAGGUGCUGCACAAUUUCUCAUGAAAGAUUAUGACAAAGCUUUGGAAACAUAUCAAGAGGGACUGAAACACGAUGCUCGCAACCAAGAAUUGCUAGAUGGUGUUAGGAGAUGUGUAGAUCAGAUUAAUAGAACUGGUCGUGGAGAUCUUAGCCCUGAGGAAUUGAAGGAGCGACAGGCCAAGGCAAUGCAGGACCCUGAGAUCCAGAACAUUCUCUCUGAUCCUGUCAUGAGACAGGUUUUGGUUGAUUUACAGGAAAAUCCCAAGGCUUCACAGGAGCACAUGAAGAACCCUUCCGUGAUGAGUAAGAUUCAGAAAUUGAUAAGCUCGGGGAUUGUUCAGAUGAAGUAAGUUACUGGUGUCCUCCUAAAUCGUAUGUAGAAUGAGGGUGGAGGCAUAAAUGAUAUCUUGAGUUUUGCCUGAUGUAUUAUGUUUUGGAAUUUUUCAUUUGAUUUGCAUAUACUUUCGACAAGAGAUUCUGACUACAUUAAUAUCUGUUUAAUUCUGUUAAUUCAAUGAGCAAGUCGGUCAAGUCUGAAUUGCUUUA